CUUUUUUUGUGUGGGGUUUUUUUUGUUUUUUUUUUUCCUUGCAAGGUCCUGGCCGAGAUGCGAGGCACGAGCGGGCAGAUACGGGUGGCAGCUGCGAGGCCGCCUGCUUCUCCGGCCGCCUGCUUCUCCAGCCGCCUGUUCUCAUGUACAGCGGCUUGGUUCGGCUGCGGGCGGGCUCGGGACCCUCCGGGCCAGCCCCUCCCAGCACUCUCUCUGCCCUUUCUCUUGCGGAGCGAAGAGAGGAGACUCCCGAAGCAACUCCGUCCCCCGCGCGGAGGCGGCGGGCGGCGAGGAGCCGCCUUCUCCUGCAGCGUGGGGUUGGGCCGGGGAGCCGGGAACCCCGGGGCACUGCCCUGCCCCGCACCCCGAGAGCGUGGGGAAAGGAUCAGCGCCGGGAGUCUCCUCCUCGCACGGAGGGGAGGGAUGGAGCGGGGGAGGAAUGGGUGCUCGGGGUGGAAUCGCUGAAGUCUUUUAUCCGGCGAUUCCUGCCCUCGCCUCGCCCUGUCAUUGAUGGGAAAUCAACUGGAUCGCAUCACCCACCUGAAUUACAGCGAGCUGCCGACCGGGGACCCCUCGGGGAUCGAGAAAGACGAGCUGCGCGUCGGGGUGGCUUACUUCUUUUCGGAUGAGGAGGAGGACCUGGACGAGCGAGGCCAGCCAGACAAGUACAGCGUGAAGGGCUCCGGCAGCCCUGGCCAGGAGACGCCCACCCACCACCUCCACCACCAGCUCGUGCUGAACGAGACUCAAUUCUCCGCUUUCCGUGGCCAGGAAUGCAUCUUCUCCAAGGUCAGCAGCGGCCCCCAGGCUGGGGACCUGAGCGUCUACUCGGUGUCAGCGCUGCCUGCUCUCUGCAAGCCGGGGGACCUGCUGGAGCUGCUCUACCUGGGGCCGUCGGAGCAGCCGCCGCCGCACUGGGCAGUGUACGUGGGCAGCGGGCAGAUCAUCCACCUGCACCAGGGGCAAAUCCGCCAGGACAGCUUAUACGAGGCAGCCGCGGGCAACGUGGGCCGGGUGGUGAAUAGCUGGUACCGCUUCCGCCCGCUGGUGGCUGAGCUGGUGGUGCAAAACGCCUGCGGGCACCUGGGCUUAAAAAGCGACGAGAUCUGCUGGACUAACUCCGAGAGCUUCGCCGCCUGGUGCCGCUUCGGAAAACGGGAGUUCAAAGCCGGGGGGGAGCUGCAGGCUGCUGCCGGCACCCAGCAGCAGUACUAUCUCAAGAUCCACUUGGCGGAGAACAAGGUGCACACGGUGAGGUUCCACAGCCUGGAGGAUCUAAUACGUGAGAAGCGCAGAAUCGAUGCCAGUGGCAAACUGAGAGUGAUCAAAGACCUGGCUAUAGUGGAUGGGAAAGAAUAGUGCGCAGCGGGGGUACAUGGCUAUCUUCCUUCUGCCCUGCUGGGGAGCCCAGCCUGCCACAGGGGCAGCCGGCUGCACCCUCUUUCCAUAGGACGCGACUGAAAGCAGGAUCCAUGGCAACAUUCCAAACAAACAGCGUUCUUUACACCCAUAGCCAGUAUUUUGUUUGGCUUUUAAUAGUGUUAAAGCUGAAAGAGCGCGUGAGAGAGAGAGAGGAAGAAAAGAGGGGGGAGGUGCACAAAGGCUGUUCUCUCAGUGUGUGGACAAAGUCUCUCCUGUUGAUCGAUGUUGACCAUUCUAGCAACAUGCUAAUAAAAUUUCAAAUUGAAAUUUUUUUAAUUUUUAUUUCAUGGCUUUAAUCCAUGACAGAUUUUAAACACUGGGGGCCAUGGAUGUGGGUUUAGCUAAAUGAGUUUUUAGCUAAUGUUUGCCUUGCAGCCAACCAAAAGCAUCCACUGUACUUUGCUAGUUGGAAGGGGUUGCAGGUGGGGGAGUUCUAAGUGCUUGUUUGCUUUGUUUCUCAACACUGUUGCUUCAGCCCAUAACUGCAACUCAAAUUUGAUCCCAGCCAACUCUAGCAAGACAUCAACAGGGGAAAAUGCUUUCACAUUUAUGGCUGAAGCUGAUCACAUUUAAAAUAAUGUCUUUGUUUUCUGUCUGCAGCUCUCUGCUAAAUGUUACCAUAAUUUAUAAGCUGCUUCCAUCACCCUUUUUAUUUUUUGUAUGGAAAAAGUUGGUGAGCAGCUGUUUCCUUGAAACUAAAUUCACUGGUUGAAGGUGUAUAUUGAAGAACAGUGUACUCAGUGUUGGUCCUUGGAGGUCCAGCCUCUAGCAUCUGAUGCUUGAGCAGUGGGUUUGUGUCGCUCUAGUGACUCUCAUUGCAGCACUGCUUCACUACCUCUUCAUGCACAAAUCAACAGAAUCCUGCAAAAAAAAAAAAAACAAACCAAACAAAUAGGUUUGAAUUCUGCAUGUUGUCUUUUUAAACAGCAAUUUAUUGCAUAUUUGCAUUUCCACUUAAAAUAUAUGUAAUGUGGCCAUUCAUUUUGCAUUUCAAAUUCUAAGCAACUAAGAAUCCCAUUCAGUCUAAGUUUAGGAAUCUACAGCUGCAUUUAAGAUGCCUUUUCAUGUGAUGUGAGCAAUGCCUUGUCUGUAUUUCAGAUCCCAUUCACUCAUUGCUUAACUUGCAGUUUUGAAGUGAAAGAUCAAAAUAUUAAAUAUACAUAAAAUUUAAAAAAAUAUACUGGGGCAUUUCUAAAUCUGUAUUAAUCUAUUUUUAUUACUCUGAGCUGCGUACAACUUGUAAUAAGCAAUUUGUCUCUGCAUGUUUCAGUGCUGGAAAGAAAAUGCAUUUGUUUUUGUUCCCUCUUCCCACAUCAAUGUCAGAUGACAGAAUAGAAGUAACACCCCUGUUCUGUAUGUACAAUACACUCCACCCCCUAUCAAUGUACUGUUUCCUGGCUCCUUUUUUGUAUUAAACAAUGUCAUUAGCAACCUUGAUUCAACAGUAAUUUCAUUUCUACAAAGGGUUUCCCUUCCAUACCUGAAGCUGUGAGGGUGGAGUGUAGUUCACUAUAAAUAUCAGCAUAAAAAUGUUUAAAUAAAUACACUCCUUUAGUGAAGGUCAUCAAACAGGCUUUGUUUACUGUCACAAGUAGCAUAGUUAUGCCCUAAUGGGCAGUGUUACUUUUAUUUCCCCUCUCGCCUUAAAGUACCAUGGUUAGUACAAUAUGGGGUAAGCAUUUUUUUUAAGUGAAUUGUCAUGCCUUUUAUUAAAGACGUACUACUUUAGCUUUAUAUGGGUGAUAAUGUCUGAUAAUGAUAGCUUUUUUUCCAUGAGAUUUAACAAUUUUCAACUUUGAACGUUCAUUUGUGUAUAUUGCAUUGCAUCUCCUAGAUGGUUCCAGUUGCUGAGUACCUCAUAGUAUUUGGGGGAGGUGCUAUGAGACUGCAGAAAGGUACUGAUAUUACAACCAAAAGCACUUAGGGGAAAAAAUGGAACAUAAAUAGUAGGAGGAGGAAGAGUGGGCAAAAGUAAUUUAAUUUUUCCUUGUAAGAUAUGUUGGAGAAGUGAGGUGGAAAGAGAUGGAGAGGGAAUAAUUGGCAAAGUGUCUACAAAGACAGAAAGAAUGGAGUCAUGUAAAUUUUGAUUUCUGAAAUGCUUUUUCUUCAGAUUGUUCACAAAUGAAUAAGGUAGGGUUAGACAGAGGAUCCUUGAAAGAAUAGCACUGCAAGUACUCACCAGUGAGAAAUCAGAAUGUGACUUUAAACAUUUCACUGUCCUAUGAAAAUGUUCCCUUUAUCUUAACAGACUUUUUAACUGUUGUGAGGUUUUUUUUAUGUUUUUUUUAAUGUUUUUUUUUAAUGUUUUUUUAAUAUAUUUUUUUUAAUGACUGACUAACCUGGUUCAUGAACAUGUCAGUUUUCCUUAGUUGGCUUUGCUAGAUGUGUGUUUAUUCAAGCUCUGUCAGAAAUCUUUGGCAUUUCUCCAAAUCUGUACAGAGAAAGGUAACAAGAAAAUUAGGGCCUCGGUCCUUUGCAUGAUGUCUGGAAGAAAGUAUUGGAAGUACUCAUUAAUGGCAUUAAUCUGAGAUAGAUUACUGCUGUGACUAUUUUCAAGUGGCAGUCUGCCAUUAGCAACAGAGAUAUCCACGCAGGUCAUUUUGUUUUUACUUUCUCUGGAUUUUAGUCCUCAGUUUCUGAAGCAAUCUGGUCUGAAUUUGCAAUCCACUGAAAUUAAUAGAAAGACUUUCACUGACUUUAGUGAGCUUUGGGUCAGGCUGUGUUGAUUAAAAUGUGGUUGAAAUUUGUGGACCUUGAAGAGAAUUGAGGUUUAAAGUGGCAUUAAGGAGAACAGAAGGGCCACCUUUCUGUGGUCAGAGACAGGCAAUAUUGUGGAAAUCAGGAAGAAAACAGACUAGUCCUCAAACAAGCAGUGUUAAUGUGACAAAGCAGUAGAAAAAGAAUGAAAAGUGAAUAGAAAUGAUUGUUCAGUGCCUUGAAACAAGAAAUGAAAGGCUGGGGAGCAGUUAGAUACAAGUGAGGCAAUUAUGUGUAUGAUUGACAUGUAGAAAAGUAAUUGAUUAUACUCAUCUUUCAGGAUCAGUGACCUGUCUGAGUUAACAUUUCCAUUUCCGUCAGUAAAGAUAUUGACAAAUUAUAUUAUAUCCAUGGAUCUGUUUACAUUCUUCAGUCUAGGGUAAAUAUUUAUAUCUAAGUAAUUCAUUGGCACUGAAGUACUGCCUUGUAAUGUGACUGCAGGGUUAGGUUACUUGCAAAUCCUGCUUUUGUGUCACAUUUCAAGUUUUCUGUUAGCUAUUUGGGGAGCUGCUUUAUUGAAACUCUUGCUUGGAUACUAUAUUCCUUGUCAUUUCAAAAUGCAAUCUCCUGAAUUGCUUUGAGGCUAACAUUUUAUUAAAAAUUUGUUUCGUGUUCUCCUGAAGCAUAGAGAGCCUUUGUGAAAUGUUUUACUGGCAUGACUGAACUGUUUGCUGGUUAUUGGCUGGGCACAUAGGUACAUAAGUACAGGAAUGGGUGGCAAUAUGGGUUUUAUAUCCAUCAGCUUUGUAUUUCCAUGUUACUUUGUUUUUAUUUUUUAGGACUUCUUCCUCUCCAAAAAUAUCUGUAUGCAAUUCUAAAAAGAGAAAACCUUCAGAAUAUUUAUAUAUUUAAGGCAAUAUUAUGCUGCAUUGAUUUCAGAUUGAAAUCUGGUUGUAACAAGAUAUGGCCUUCAGGGUGUGACAAGAAAUGGCCUUCAGUCUGUGCAGAGUGUGCAUAAUGUUAAUUAUCUUGCCUGAUUUAAUUUUAGUGUCUUUCAUAUUCAGGUAAGUGAUGUGCAAAAAUCUGUCAGAGUUUAUAGACCUCUUUAUGCGAAGUGUUGAACAGCUGUAACUCCAACCAAAGUUGGCUGAAGUUGAGAGAAUGCUGGAUCUCACUGGAGACAUGCGACAUCUUGUAGGAUCAGGUACCUCAGCCCUCCUCCCCCCUGCCCAAGUUUCUAAAUCUGUCUUUUUAACUACAAAAGAAAUGGGGGACUGUGGUAUCUACUGUGACUUCUGUUGUUAUUUUCUAUGGAAGUUUUCUACUGGAGUAGCAUAGAAGUGUUCUGUCCAUAAUUUUGCUUAUCUGUGAUGAAAAAAGAUGGUAUGUGUUGAUGCUUAUAUUUUGUAAAUGAUAUCUUUUCUGCUUUAUAUCCCAGGAGAACGAUGAUGGUCUCAGUCCAAAAGGAUUAAUUCAGAAAUAUGUAGGGAGGUAUGACUGGGAUACUUAAGCUGAGAGCUGUUUCACUGCAGAAUUAGGUUUGAAAGAAUAAUAAUGUAUGACUAGAGUGUGAUCAUGUGCAGCUGUUUGUUCAUGAAUGUUAGUGUUUCCAUGGCAAAUCUGGAAUCUAUUUACUUAAUUGUUAUGAAAUAUGAAACUUCUCUGCUCCCUGAGUUCAAAUAUGACAAACAAAACUGCCCUACAUUCACGGACCCUCAAUCUGUCAAUUUUUUAUUUUUAUUUUCCAGUUUUAUUGUAAAGAGAAUUAAUAUUGGAAUCAGAUAUUUUACUAAACUGAUUAUAAGUGAAAAUAAGAUGUUAGUUUGGAAAAAAGGCAGUGAGCUAGGAAUCUUCUGUUACUUGGAGUGCCAGUGGAUUUACUCCCAUUUUAUAGAGGUAUAAACUACUAGUCCUGCAAUUUUUUAAAGCAAGUAAUUGUGACACUAUGUAUUUUCUUUUGCAAUAUAAUAUUAAUAUAUAUAUAUAAUACAGAUCCCUUGUGAAAUUAUUCUUUUUCCAUAUAUCAAAUGUCACCAUGCCUUGGAAAGUAAUUAUUAUUGGAAAUGUUUACUUUUGAGAAAGAAACUAGAAUUUGUCUGAUAGCAUUUAUACUUGAGCAGGUGGUAAUAUACACUUUUGUUUCUUAAUGUUAGAUAUAUUGCAUAAUUGGCAAACCUACUCAGGUGGUUAUAUCCAGGCAAAUCAUCAGCAUAAGCCAUACAGAUUGAGAUUGCUGAGAUUAUGGUUUUAUAUGGUGAUACUUCAUUUAUUUUUCUUUUUUAAAAGAGUAUUUUUAUUUGAGGAGUUGUGAGAGUUUCUGGUUCUGCAGAUGAUCCAUGCAUAAAACCACUUGCUUCCACAAGUGUUUGUAGUAUCAGGACCUUUAUCAUAAAAGGUCUGUCCCCUUCACCUGGCAUAAAAUUGAGGAGUAGGUCUGGCCAACGUCUUGUUUAUCAAGUUCACACAGAAUUCAGUGGAAAAAUUAUGUACAUUAUGUUUACCAGAAGAGCCUUAAUUGCAUAUUCUUGCUUGUACAUAUAGUAAUUAUCUAUGCAAUUCUGGCAUUUUCCUAGGAAAAGUGGGUUAAUGCUUUUCAAACUUUUUUUUUUUUUUUUUUUUUUUUUUUUGCUCUCCACUUGUGUGACUGUGUGGGUACAAGUGUUGGACAUUGAUAGAAGAUGGGGAAUUAGCAUAUGGGCUUGAGUCUCUGAAGUGCCAAUCCCUGCUGUUUUAAUAGGAACUCAGAAUUUGAAACCAAUGUGAGUAUGACAGAAAAAGGUGGGAGAGUUAGUUAAACUUCAGACUUUUUAAGAAAGAUGUUCAUAGCUAAACUUGAAAUGCUGUUCUUUCUUUUUCUUCUGCAUGGUGAAUGAGGGUGAAUAACUGUGUACCUCUCAUGCACAAAACCAUUCCUGCUUUGGAAAUUUGUGGUACCGUCUAGGCAAAAUAGUGAGUGAAAUAAGCUGUGUCAUCAGCCUUAAGUAGCAAAUAAUUUUUCUAAGCUUAAACACUGUUUGGAUACAGAGUGGCACUGGCAAUCUACUUUGAAAAGUUGCAUGAAGUCAUGAAUUAAACAGCAUAAGUAACUCAGAAAUGAAAGACCUGAAUCAUCAUUCUUUCAACUUCCUAUGUAGGAGAGGUUAGAGCUUGUUACAAGUUUAUGUAAAUCAAAGAGUAACCCUAUUUCAAGUACACAAUCCUGUGGUGGGCUUUACAACUGGAUGAAAUGAUCAGGCCCUAGAAUUAGUUCUAACGUAACUCUGUCAUUGCUAUAAGAAAACUUAUAUCCAAUGGCAUGAGUAUAUACAGAAUGCCACAUCAUGACCUUCCUUCACAGUACUUUACACCACAGAAGGAGUAUUCCUCAUAAGUUAUUCAAUGUGAGUAAGCAUAUCACAAUCUGGUCUCAAAACAGAUAAUCUAUUUCCAUAUGUUCUCAUUGUUUCCAUGUGCCCCUUCAGUCAGUUGAAAGCAAUAUAAAACUGAAUCUGAAAAUUAUGGUAAUUGUUUGUAAAUAUUUAAAAAGACAUUUAUAUGCAUAUUGAUAUACAACUAAUAUAUAAUAUUGUAAAUAUGUAUACAUAUGCAUACAGUGUGUGUAUAUAUUAUGUAUAUGCAUACACAAGAAGUCUUGACUGUUUUGUUAGUAUUGGUAAUAAGUGGCAGUCAUUUCUGUAUGUAUAUUAACAGUACAACUAGUGGAUACCCAAGAAUAUGCUUACAGGAUUUAAACACUAUUCAAUAUUGUUUUUUUUUAGGGUAUGUUAUGGUCUUCUGACAUCAAGAUAAGCUAAUUAAAUAUGUGGGUUUUGACGUAUUGCUACUUACUGCAGGAAAAAUAUCAGGAACACUACACUUUGCAAUAAUGAAGUAUCCUUUUAGUAUGAACUAUGCUGCUACUGACUUGUGUGUUCACAAAUAAAUAAAUGUCCCAGUAACGUAUCUAUCCAUCCUUUCUUUGGCAUACGCUAAUGACAAUGCCACAUUUUUUUCUUUUCUACUAAUUUAAACUAUUUUUUUUUCCUGUGAUGUUUUGGAAGUGUAGCACUGAAUUUAGAUGUGUUCUGUUGUUUCGCCGUGCUCACCUAUUGUUGCAUAGUUGUUCGAAAGUACAGUGGCAGCUGGCUUUUCUUGACUUUUCUCAAAUAUGUCUUAUUUGAAAAGCAAAAGGUGAGACUUUGAAAAGCACUUACAGCUGAGUUGGCUCCUUCUCCCCCUAAAACACUGUUGACCUUUCACCAAAUUAUUUGGGCCACAGCUAGGCUAACCUGUCCGCUUUUAGCAAUGUUAUAUGAUGGAUACAGGUUGAAAAUGGGAUCUGUCAAGAACAGUGAAUGCUUUGAAAAUAAUAAGUAAAUAAAAGCAUUGCUGCUGAAAAUAGGUCUAGCAUAACAUAACAUGGGCAACCCUGACAUUGCUGGUAAUUACAAUAUCUGAGUAAGCAUCAACACCAGUUAGUUUUAAGAAACCUAGGUUGUGUUUCAUGCUGCAACUUCAUUUAACAGAGAUGGCUUAGAUGAAUGUAUCUGUUAAUAUGUAUUAUAUAAUUUUAUAAACAGAGUUACGUUUAUUUGCAUAUAUGGCAUAACCUUUCUUAUCUUUACAUUCAAACUUCAUUGUAUGAUAUGUCUGCCUACCUUACAAGGUUUCUGGAUCAGUAUUUCUAGCCUGUCCUGGCUUAAUAUCAUUGAUUCUUCAGCUGGGUGUAAUCAAAGGUCAUUAAUACUGAAAAGUUCACUUUAAUUGACCCAUCGACUUACUUUAAUUAUGGCAAUAUAAAAGAGUGUCAAGUGCUAGACUCCUACAAAAAUAGUCAGUUAAUAUGUGUAUUCAAUAUUUCCUGUGUCCUUUUAGCUCUAGCUAAGGACUGUAAAAGUGUUCACUAUAUCUUUAUCUCUCCUUCAAGAUGAAGAAAUACGAUCUAAUAGAUGGGCAGAAGAACAAGCUUUUUUUU